CUAGCGUCUGCAUUCGGCCGUGCAGCGCUGUCGUGUUCAGUUCUGCCGUACCACCUCAACGAACGGUCCUUCGCAUGGUAGUAUCUCUACCGUGAAAUGAUGUGGUUAUCAAAUAAUAAUUGAUAAUGAAAAUGUCAGUGAUGGUUCUUUAAUUUUUCUAGAAGUUUGUGAGUGCGGAAAUCGUUCAAAUGGAUGUGAUUAGAUAGAACUCGUUCGAUUCAUCAUUAUUUGGCAGUAAAAUCGCGUAAAAAGAUUUUACUGAUCUAUUAAAAUAACCAACAUUUCUUUUAUACGGGAGAAUUUAGCCUGAAUGCGUUUUAUGCCAGUGAUAAUGCCCUGAAGCCUUUCACUUGCUUCUUGACUUAUUCCCAACACCCGGAAAUAAAAUGAAAGAAUCUAGCCCCAAUUAUUGUCCCCGGCACUUUGAAGAGUUAAUUAAAUCACAAAAAUAUAAUCUUCCAACGACCACCCGCGUUUUCUCUUUAAAAGAGAGAUCAUGCGACGCUACGGACGACUCCAAAUUGCAGCUCAGCCUCGCCACGAGCAGCGGCCACACGUCGGAGGGCGGCCAGCCUGCGGGACUGCGAGGCACCGGGCGCGAUCAGAACUCUGCGGUUGAGGCACGAGCGUCGGCGCUCACUUUAGCAGGAAGUGAGGUGCCUCGAUGGUGGCCUCGCCAAUGGAAGCCGUCACGGAGGACAAGUUUCCUUAUUUUGUCAGUCGCUCUCUACGCCGCGGCCAUUUUUAUUUACGGCCGAACAGAUGAAGAAGGAAAUGAGCAACUAAGCCUCAGAGAGUGGGUCGUACAGAAUGAAGACGUGUUGCAAGCUGGGUACCGAGAGCGAGCUGCCCUGGCCAGAGGUGUAUGCAGCGACCUCGGCGUGAACCAGCGCCGGCAACCGCACGGCUCCGCGCUGCUCACGGCGAACGACAGGCUCGCCCUCAGACGAGUGCACUGGGAGUUCAUGUACUUCGCUAGGGUCGAAGGUCUGCUGUACUGCAAGGUGCCCAAAAGCGGGUCAUCAACCUGGGUGUACAAUCUACUAAAACUUGCGGGAGUGUCAGAAGAAAAUCUCAAAACUGACGUGGGACUUCACAAAAUUUUAAGAGACUUUUAUCCCCGUCCCAGCAGCCGACAGCAGAGCAAGUACAAGCGCAGUUUGAAGCUCCUCGUCGUUCGACAUCCAUUCGACCGCAUUUUGUCAGCUUACAGGGAUAAACUUGAGAACUAUGAGCGGGAUCUUCUUUAUAGGAACGGAUACUACCACAAGGUCUAUGGUCGAGACAUCGUCCGUGUCCACCGGAAUGCAUCAAACCUGGAGGACCAGAAGAGAAUAGAGCCAACAUGGCCAGAGUUCGCUAGCUACCUCCUGAGCACGCCAGCGUCUCAGUUCGACGAGCACUGGAAGCCCAUUUACUUGAUGUGCUCUCCGUGCGCCAUGGACUACGAUGUCAUCGCCAAGAUGGAGACGUUCAGUGAAGACACGCAGUACGUGAUCAACGAGCUUGGCUUAGCGGAGCGACUGAGCGUCGAGUGGAUCCACGCAUCAGGCAGCAAACAAACAUCGGACCUGGCGACGGCCUAUUACUCGCAGCUCACCAGACGGCAGGUUUACGGUUUGCUGGAGAAGUAUGCGCUUGACUUCGAGCUCUUCGGCUACGAUCCAGCUCACUACAUCCAGGCCAGUCACGCCUGACGAUCCAGCUAUUCUAAUAAUUUAUAUACCAAUUAGCGACUAUAACUAAAUAACACAUUUUUUUUUUAAUUUUCCUGUUAUUUAUUAAGGUGAAACAAUACAUUAACCUUAUUGCUGCUGUGUUGAGAAUAAAAGGUAGUGAA